AUGACGCUUCCAUCGUAUAGCGUCUUCCGGCCGUUUGCCAUCUUUGCUGGAGUGUUUAGCAUUUUUCAAUCUCUCAUAUGGAUCGGAUUUGCGAUUACGGGCAUCAUCGCCUAUUACUGCGAUAUCGACUUUUCCAGACAAACGCAAACGAUGGGAUCGCUGUUGACGGUUACAUUUUUUAACGUCUACUUCCGAGGUACCUGCGACCAGCCGGAUAUUCCAGUGAUUGAUAUGUCACUGGUACAGCAGCUCAAUCUCAUGCCAUCCGGAGAUGUGCACGCGUUCGUAUGGGUCUAUCUGAUAAUACAUCUGUUCUGGGGCAUCAGCUCACUGACGCUGCUCACAAAUGCCCGACAAAAGUAUGUGCGCUACAUAAACGUGUUUCUGUACAUCUGGAUUAUCAUCACCAUGAUCAUAAGUGUGCUGGAUCUGGCCUUAGGUAUACUGUUUGCAAUCGAUUACGAUACGAUAGUGCACGCACUGUUUGAGUAUCCAUUCGAAUUCGGACAAGUGACACCGGCGAUACAGGUGCUUGCGACCGCCGUCCACGUGUCCGGCAUCAUGAUGGUGAUGGCGUUCCGUGGUUGGAUCUUUUGGAUUGUGAACGUUUCGCUCGCGAUCUUCAUGUUUACGCAAACCUUUAAGAUAUACGACUACAACCAGAUGCGUCGCAAGCAAAAGAGUGGCAAUGCAAAUGGAGGCUAUGCACCGGAGGGUGAUACGAUGCGACGUCCACCUAUCGAAGCAUACGAUAUGAGCAACAACAGUCAACCACGUGCACAAACCUUUGCCCAACCAUCCUCCGAGUACCGAAGACCGUUGGAGCGGAUCAACGAAGCUCCAAUCGCAGUUGAACCACCCGUACCGCCCCAGCCCGACUGGAGCCAGCAACGCACGUUCGAACCGAAACCAACCGUAGUAAUCAAUCGUACACUGGAACCACUGGCAAGACCGCAAUCGAACGAAUCCGAAGAACGGCAGGACAAUCGACCGAUCCCGCCACCACCCCCACCAAAGAACUUCAUGAACACGGUCGUCCGGCGGGAUGUAGCGGCGGCGAAGGUAGCCCGUGAGCUCAACUAUCGUAACAGCUUCAACGUGAACAACAAUGGCAUUGCAGCGGUCAAUUUGCGCCCCACCGGGCUAAACCUCACCAACCCGGGACCGCUGACCGCUGACACGGAUCUGCCGACGCCCAACUAUAGCCCACCGAUGCCCCGCACGAACCCGUUCGAAAACCGUCCACCGUUGCGAUCCGUGCUGCGAAAUUCGAGAUUCCAGUAG